CCGGUUAGUUAACGACCUCCACCUGUUCCUGCAGGACGCCUCCACCCUGAUGACUCCUGGACAGACUGAUUUAGGGGUGCUCCCCAGGAAGGUUAGAACUGCUGAAUGAAUGAGGAAGAACCUCUGACGCCCAGGAGGGCACGCUUUCACUUACCUGGCAGGGUGGUUUCUGACGUUUUCCUGCGGAAGGCUGCCCAGGGCCGCUGCCGCCCAUCCUCCCCUAGGUGUGGAGCUUCUGGACCGGCGGGGGCGGGACCGGCCUGCGGCAGCCGCCCGGAACCCUCGUGGGCCUCUUCCCCCGCUUGGCUGCAGCUGCAGUCUGGUACUUGUCCAUUCUGCUCUUCUUCACCUCGGUAUUUUCUCCCUCGUGGAAGAAGAACUCCAUUCCCCCAUCCAUGGAGGAGUGUGUCCUGCAUGCCACGAAAGAGCCCAGGACCCAAAGGACAAAGACGUGUCCGGCAGACCUGCCCUCGCCAGCGCUAACCCAGAAUGAUCAUUAUCCAUAAUGAAGCUACAAGGAAGUGGAGGAAGGCAGUCUGCGUGCACCACCAUUUUCUAGGAACUGGGAAGCAGCCCUUAGAAAGAUCCAUCCCUGUGGAACCCUUUCCAGGCUUACCUGCCUUUGCUGAGCUGGAGCUAUUUGGACUCCUUGUUCCCAUCAAAAUAUCCAGUACUCUGCCUUCAGGGAGGAGACAUAACCCUCACACAACAAGAAAAAGUCUAACCUUCCCAGGUCUACGUUCCCUGGGGGGUCAAGGUUCCUAUGCGUCCUUAGUAGAGAGGACUAGCUGUGAGUUGGAAUCCCACUAUGAGCUUUAG